AUGGGCCGUGUGCGAUGGGCACUGCUGCUGGGUUGCCUGGGCUGCGGGAUUCUGCUCGGAGCUCGGGCUCAGUUUCCCCGAGUCUGCAUGACCUUGGAUGGCGUGCUAAACAAAGAAUGCUGCCCGCCUCUGGGCCCCGAGGCAACCAACGUCUGUGGAUUUCUAGAGGGCCGCGGGCAGUGCGCAGAGGUGCAGACAGACACCAGGCCCUGGGGUGGCCCUUACAUCCUUCGAAACCAGGAUGAUCGUGAGCAGUGGCCAAGAAAAUUCUUCAACCGGACAUGCAAAUGCACAGGAAACUUUGCUGGUUAUAAUUGUGGAGGCUGCAAGUUUGGCUGGACUGGCCCCGACUGUAAUCAGAAGAAGCCGCCCAUCCUAAGACGGAAUAUCCAUUCCCUGACUGCCCAGGAGAGGGAGCAGUUCCUGAGCGCCUUAGAUCUGGCGAAGAAGAGUAUCCACCCAGACUACGUCAUCACCACGCAGCACUGGCUGGGGCUGCUCGGACCCAACGGAACCCAGCCCCAGAUUGCCAACUGCAGCGUGUACGACCUUUUUGUGUGGCUCCAUUACUAUUCUGUCCGAGACACCUUAUUAGGUCCAGGACGUCCCUAUAAGGCCAUUGACUUCUCUCACCAAGGGCCAGCCUUUGUCACCUGGCACAGGUACCAUUUGUUGUGGCUGGAAAGAGAGCUCCAGAGACUCAUUGGCAACGAGUCCUUUGCUUUACCCUAUUGGAACUUUGCAACUGGGAAGGAUGAGUGUGACGUGUGCACAGAUGAACUGCUUGGGGCAGCAAGACAAGAUGACCCAACUCUGAUUAGUCAGGACUCAAGAUUCUCUACUUGGGAGAUUGUGUGUGACAGCUUGGAUGACUACAACCGUCGGGUUACACUGUGUAAUGGAACCUAUGAAGGCUUGCUGAGAAGAAACAAAGUAGGCAGAAAUAAUGAGAAAUUGCCAACCUUAAAAAACGUGCAAGAUUGCCUGUCUCUCCAGAACUUCGAUAGCCCUCCCUUCUUCCAGAACUCCACCUUCAGCUUCAGGAAUGCACUGGAAGGGUUUGAUAAAGCAGAUGGAACACUGGACUCUCAAGUCAUGAACCUUCAUAACUUGGCUCACUCCUUCCUGAACGGAACAAACGCCUUGCCACACUCAGCUGCCAACGACCCUGUUUUUGUGGUCCUCCACUCUUUCACAGAUGCCAUCUUUGAUGAGUGGCUGAAGAAAAACAACCCUUCCACAGAAGCCUGGCCUCAGGAGCUAGCCCCCAUCGGUCACAAUCGGAUGUAUAACAUGGUUCCCUUCUUCCCACCGGUGACUAAUGAGGAACUCUUCUUAACCGCAGACCAACUUGGCUACAAUUAUGCCAUUGAUCUGUCAGCGGAAGAAGCUCCAGUUUGGACCACAACUCUCUCGGUGGUCAUCGGAAUACUGGGAGCUUUCGUCGGAAUCUUGGGGUUGCUGGCUUUCCUUCAGUACAGAAGGCUUCGCAAAGGAUAUGCGCCCUUAAUGGGGACAAGUCUAAGCAGCAAGAGAUGCACAGAGGAGGCCUAACCGUGCCUGACCUAGGCAGUACCUAAAUACACCCGCACUCACCUUGUGAUAGGCGAAAAUCUUCAGCAUGCGCUCUUUAGUAGGAUGAUGAUCCCCUUAUAGAAGACAAUUAGCUCUAGGUGCUGCUUUGCUUAUUGAACACAGACA